GCGGGCGGACGAGGCUGCGGCGGCGCGGGUUGCCAUGGAGCGGGAGCGGCGGCUCCGCGCUCCCUGCGCCGGGAAGGCUCCACGCAAGAAGCGCCGCUCGUCCCCUCUACCGGGGGCGGCCGCUCUCCCGGGCAGCCGGGCCGGCGGCUCCCAGAUGUGCCGGCGGCGCCUGUUCGGGAGCGCGGGGCCUCGCGGGCCCGAGCCCGCCUGUAAGCGCCUCUCCCGGGCGGCGGCGGGGCUUGGGGUGCAGGAGGCGGGGCCCGUACCGGCGGGAAAAGGCCUGAAGAAAAAGUUCAGUGGGAAAAACUUACCAAAGAUUAAAGAAAAUGUUGAAUAUACUGAAGAGAGCUCUUCAUGCAACGAAAGCAAUCAAGUGACAGGCAGCGAAACGAUAGACUUCAAGAUAAAAGAGGAACCAGAAGAAAGCAGUGUACCACUGAAGGAUUCCAAACUAAUCAACUUCGAAAAUAAAGGAAGUUUAAAAAAUGCUGAAGUGACUUCAAGUACAGAAAUUACUCUUCCCACAGGUGUUUCCACCUUUCUCAUAGAGUGUUUAGAUGAAGAUUCAGCUGCAGAUUAUAGCGCUGCUAGCGACAGCCUGAAAACUUACUCAUCCCCUGAAACAUUCAGAGAUGAUGAUUUGGAAAGAUGCAAUUUUUACUCUGUGGACCUUGGCAAGUACAAGAACUCUACUCUCUUGGACUCCAGCAAAGCGGUGACCAUUGAUAAGAUACCACAGAUGUCAAAUCUUUCAGCAAUAUUAGAACCUGUACCAGAGGAUUUUCCAGACCGAUGCACUAAAAGGAAGAGACCAUCAAGUUGCUAUAACAGUUCUUCAGCAUUAAGCAUUUCAGCUACGCUGGCAGGAAAAAAACUCUGUAAAAUAACAGCUGCAAGAGAGAGAACUCCAGACCUAAAAAGUGGUAUGCGCUGUUCUUCACCAUUAGGACCGGAAAGCAAGUAUGAUACUCGAACAGCUAAAGCCAAAAGGCUGAAGAAAACAGAAAGCCGUUUUAAUCCCUUUGAAGAAGGUUCAUCAUUGUUUAGGCAGCUUGAUGCCCCAGAAAACACAUCAGCCCGAUCAAAGGGGUUGACAGCAGAAGUCCUGCCAACCAAACCCACAGAUGCUGUGGUGCAAAUGACUUCCACCAUGCUAAUCAUGGAGGAAAAUAAAGUCCUAAAAAAUCCUGGUAAUGCUCAGCCUCUAGAGCUAAAUCUUAGCCUGUCGCCGGUGUGUAAAGCCUCACCUGGGGAAGACCUGUUCCUGAAUACCACAGGUCCAUUUAUUAACUCAGAAGAAAUUGUUCCUGCAUCUCUGAGCUCAGAAAAAGAAAUGAUUCCUCAAAGUCCAGGAGAAAAGAAUAUUUUAAAGCCUCAGUGUGACAGACGCGAGAUCUGCUCCAUCGUUAGAAUGUCACCAGACCCGAGACCUUCCUGGCUGCAGCAAGUUCCAGUUAACUCCAAAAAGUUCUGCCAUCCCAAAGGACUGCCUGAAGAUUCUAUAACGAGUACCAAAAAUUGGAUCUACUGUAAACGGAGAUGAGAUUUUUGGCUCUCAACAGGAGUUAACAGAAGAAAUAACCGUCUUGCUGCUGUGACAGGGUGGUAAAACAGAACUCCUAACUAGCAAAUAAUGGUUGUAUGUUGUUUGACAUUUAGUAUUACAUGUUUCAGUAAGCUAGUAAAUACUGAAAUAGUUUAUAUUAAAUUAUUUUGUACAGCAGCUAGAUCCUGUUCUGGGCAUUAUUCUGUAAGGAUUCCAUAAAGAUGAUUCUUCAGUUUGUUAGAUUUUUAAAAAGUUUGACUGAAGAACAGCAGACCAAAUGCCUUUUAAUAGAAUUACUUUUGGCUCUCUCUCUGCCAAGAUUUCUAGUUUUCUCUAGCAGCAUUAGUAUCUAAAGAUGGGACCUCUGUUUAAGUGUUAACAUUGACUGUGAAGGUAACUGCAUGUUCUGGGAGUGGCCAUGAAAGCAUUCAUGUACUCUUGGAGACCCAGAAGUCAAUAGUAUGCCACCUUUAAACUCCUUAAAUGCUUAGGUCUGCAGAACUUUGGAGGUACAGGACUGUGAGUUCUGCUGUAAUUUGAUUUCUGAACAUGACUACAGGUCAUCUUCACCCCAUCAUCUCUGAGAAUUGGCUCUUAAUGAUCAGCACUGUCACUAUUCUGAGCACAUCCACUGCCCAGACACUGCCAUCUCAGAGUUCUCCCUGCUUCAUCUCAGGUAUUUUGUAAUAUCUCAUCUCUGUCAUUGUUCCUUCUAGUGGCUUCAGACUUAAAGUAAAUGCCUUACAUGAACACAAUGGUGGGAAAAAACCCUUUUAUAGCUGAACAGUUUGAAGAGAUGCAUAUUGACAUUCUGGAUUUUCAGGUUACUGCUCACACUGUGUCCACAUAAGUCAAAUUCCCAGUGCUUCCAGUUCAGGUUGUGGAUUGUUAAUUCAUAAAUGUUGUUCUUAAUGUGCUGAAUGUCUUGAAAAACACUGUCAAAACCAUUUUUUUCCACUUGAAUUCAUUGCACAUUAAAGUAAUUUGGGGCCCUACAGUGUUCUCAUUACAAUAUCCUUUACUCAGACUUUCUCUGGACAAAAAGGAAGUUUUUCAAUGUUACAAAAUGCUAGUAUGGCUUUCAAAAGUCUGAGUUUGUUUCUCAGUGUUAUCACCGUGGAAAAUAGUUCUGUAUUUCCUAAAAGAGCAUUAAAAGAAGACGUACAAAAUCCACAACUGUAGUUUGAUUGCAUUUGAAAAUACCUGUAGAAGUUCAAACCUUGAUCUUUUCCCCAUUGCUCUGGGGUAGAAGGAAGUGCAAAUAAUUGCUGCUGGAUUAGUCUGUGAACAAGUAUUAUAUAAACAUUCUAAAUGGCUCAAGGUUAAAAAUUAUGCCAUUAAGCUAUUUUUCUUUUAAGCAUUAAUAGAACGAGUUCUGCCAAUAACUCCUUGGAGUCCUGUCGGGUAUGCUUUUAAUUAUCAAUAUCCUUGUUCUUGCAAAUACUAAAUCACUAGUAAUUAUGGAAGAAUCUAGAGCCCCUAGGAGACAGAGGUGAGCUCCCUGAUGUAGCUUUAAGCAAAAAUGAAAGUUACAUAUUUAGUAAGUUUACCUGAAUAAUCAUCAUAAUGCUUAUGAUGAUUAUUCAAGUCAAGGAUGGUCAAAAUAAAGAUAUGUUUAUUGUAAGGGUAUUGUGGAAGUCAUAGGAAAAAACACUUAUUUUGUCCCAGGCCAUUUCGUAGUGUUACACAAAGAGACUAAUACCGGCAGACUAAUUGAAAAGUACAAGAGAGGAAAACAUGGUCUGUAAGUGUGGAAUUGGCUGUAGCAGCCUGAAUAUUGCUGAGGUUUGUCUUUGUUUUUCUUGAUGUGAUGAGGCUGUAUAGGAGGACAGUAAUAUCAUUAACCACAAUCUCUUGUCCUUCCCUUCAGUUAUGAGAGCACUGCUUAUCAUCUUUUGUCUGACUCUUAGAGAAAGUGUAAUUAAUUACCAGGCUAGCUCUUUGCCCCGGGGAAGGAAAUUCAUUUUGAGGCUGCAACAAUCCCUACUCUUGUUCUGCUGUUCUCAAAGGAAAGGCAUUUUCCCAUAGUUUGGUUUUCAGCUGAAAAAUUACUACAUAAAAUUUCAUUCAGAGUGGAAACUGGCUCUUCCAUAUUGGUAGAUAAAGGUUAUGGGUCAUGGCCUGUUAAUGGGUAGGACUGAGGAGGUUAUUUGUGCAGUGAUUCAGGAGAAGAAUCUGUUCAGUGUC